CGACUACAGCGGGGUGAAUCCAGAUUGCGACGGCAGUAGCGGAGACGACAGUAGCGAGCCGAGUGAAAGCUCUAGCGCCUCCAGUGAUGGGUCAGCCGAGUCUGAUGAGCAACGAGGGCGUCAGGAAAGCCGACGGCGACACGGAAGGCAUGGGCGACAUGUACGAGGAGAACGACGGAGGCGUCAAGUCCAACGGGGACGACAUGGAGAUGAUGAAAGACAAUCCAGUCGCAGGAGCGUGAAGGACCUAGAGUUACCGACCUUCACCCCCUCGCCAAAGGUCUCUGUCUCGACGUGGAUAGACAGGGUGGACUUAGCCUUGAAGGGAGCCGCUGAGUCUCGACGUGGGAAAUGGUCAGACCAUGCGUUGUAUUUUAUCUUGGGAAACAAGCUUAUGGACAAUGCCGCACGUUGGUGGGUGAAAAUGGAUCGACGAUUGCCAUCACGUGACCGGACAUGGGUCUACUUAAAGAAAGCACUUCUACGACGUUAUGGUGAUAGGCUGGAUAAGUCGGCAGCAUAAUGGCGUGUGAACAUGCGCAGGAUGAUGCCUGGAGAGACGUACUCUGAUUUCGCGGCAGCAUUGCGAGAUGUAGUUGGUCGUAACAAAGUCAGUGAACGCAUU